AUGCAGCUGCUGGAUCUACCAACCGAGCUGUUUCGCGCAGUGCUAGUAGCCGUUGUCACGGAACUUAGUCCUCUGCGCUCACUACAUCUGAGGCGGAUCUUUGACAACGAGAUACUGGGCUGCUUGGAGACCGUAGAUGUGUUCGAUCUCAACUCACCACUCCGCUGCUUGAAUCUGAACCGCAUCAGCUCACGAAACAGAGCCAGGCAAAACCCGAUCAUCCCUUUCCUUGUGAGAUUCUUGCAGCGUGAGCCUUACAUCAAGCAUGACCCUGACUGGACUGCAAACUUGUCGGCGCUGCUCAAAAGGGUUCUUGACGAACUGCAGCUUCAGCCCUCGGCCCGAUCUGAUGCUCUACGCUCCUUGUGUGAAUCGUUCGACGACUUCAGGCCGACUAGGCAUGGCUUCUAUCUGGUGCAAUGCCUGAAGAGGCCCAUCAGUCAAAAACCGCUGCAUGCUCACGUCUUGCCUGCAGCUAUCUUGUUGAAGAAGCCAGAGAUCUAUGAACCGCUGCUGAGUCAGAUGCCAGACCGUUGGUACCAGGCUGGGGUCUUCGGUACAGCGCUAUACGCUGCAGUCAGAUCCCGGCAACUCCACCUUGUUCGUCGAUUCGUCGAAGACCCUCUGUGUCAACCGUCGGCCUCACAACAUCAGGUUAUACAUAUGGCCGCCUCGAACAAUGACUUUGACAUGAUGGAAUACCUCCUGGAGUGGUACGAUGGAGAUUCGGAUCUAAUCGAAUCCGCGAUCUGCAGCUGCGCCAGAUGGGGACAUCUGGAAAUGGCGAGACGCCUGCUGGAAUUCACAAGAUCGCGGCAUCAGACCGUGCCGCUGGACAGCCUAGGGGAAGCCUGGUAUUGGUCGGCAAUGUAUGGCGAGAUCGCUUUCAUGGACCUGCUUGUUGAGUACGGGCAUCAGGAGUUCUUGACUGCGUGGUCGACGUUGGUCAGAUCAAACUCGAUAGGUCAAUUCUGGAAUCAUGUUAGGCCGAUCGAUUUGGCUUGCUGGCGCGGGGACGUCGCAAUGGUGAGAUGGAUGCUAGACCAAGGCGUAGCCGUCCAGUGCAAGGGUCCCGCGGACGCGAAUAUCAACCGUACCCGUGCAGCCGCGCUCGGCGACAGCGCCGAGGUAUUUCGCAUACUGCUGGAUGCCGGAGCACACAGAGGCCGUCAUGCCUCUUAUAGUUGGGUUGCUGAAGCUGAGUUGGCUGUCAAGGUACGUGCCAACAAGGUCUUCCGUUUCCUCCUGCAAGAAUCCGGGCUGCUGAAGAUCUCGACCGUCAUCAACUUCCAAACAACCAAAGACUUCCGGCGCCUCAUGCUCCUGGCAUGCACGUACGGCAACCUUGAGGCCUUCGAUAUCCUGCUGAGUAUCGGCAUGCCCUGUGACAUGCCUCUGGGGCCGUUUGGCCUCAGCUCACCUUGGGGCGGCCGACUGGACGUGGACGAAGGGUUCGACAGCUCUUGGACACCCAUCAUGUAUGCCCAGGCUACCACAGAUCCUGGCGCUCAGAAGAUUGUGGAUAGGCUGUUACAGUCCGGUGUUGAGCCUCUGGAUGUUUGCAAGUCCAGUGCUGCCCGCCUCUUCGAGGACGGCGUGUUUCCACGGCGCCCGGCGCCAGUAAUCCACCGCCUGACCGAGAUCGAUCAACCAAGGGUCCCACCGCGGACGCCAAGAGGUAAAUACGAAGAGAAGUAUGGGAGUGCAGUAACCCCAGAGGAAAGUCUUGGUGCACAAUCCAAUCAUUAG